GACUUCUUAAAACAGAAACAAGUCUCUCCUGAAUAUUCACUUCACCUGCAAAACUUCUCAUUAUAGAAGUUAUGGAAAACUCUAAAGAGGUGGAGGAUUCUCAUGAGAAGGAGAGGCUGAAGAUGAGGAUAGCUGUUUUGGAGGAAAGUGUGAAGUCCUGUGAGGUGGAGUGUAAAGCCAGCAGGGAGACGGUGCUGAGGCUGGUGGGAGAGCUGGACCGAGAGAGAAGGAAGACUGCUAGCAGUGCUGCAGCCCUUGAUUCACUUAAACUGGAGCUGGAUGGCCUGGUGGAGGGCAGGAGGAGUGUAGAGAUGGAGAGGGGGACCCUAAUGGAGAGAGUGGAGGCCAGCAAGAGAGUAAUAGAGGCAGCCAGGAGAGAGUCUCACUGUUUGGAGAAACAAGUGGAGGAACUUGAAAGAAAGCUACUGUUCAGCCAAAGAGAGACUCAGAGAACUGAGGAGAAACUGCAGAUGUUCCUGGAAAAGGUAGCAGGUGUGCUGCAGAGGAAGUCUGACAGUGUCAUCAUGCCCAUGGAGAGGGACGUUUUAGAAAACUUGGACAACCUCUGCAAUAAGUCCUUUUCAGAGAUGGAGGCCCGUCUGUCUCGUGUCUCUGAGGAGCUCAGCGAUCAGACGGAGCUGCAGCAGAGUGCACAGCAGAGGGCUCAGCUUGCAGAGCAGCAAGUGCAGGACCUGAGGGAGAGACUGCAAGCUCUGGAGACUGAGCUGCUGACUGCAGACAUGCAUCGGGACGGGCUGAGACACAGCAAAAUGCAUUAUGAGGAGUUCUUGGAGCAGCUGUCAGAGACAAUGAAGGUUGAUAGUAUUGCAGAGGAUCUUGGGUUUGACAUGAGGCUUAAACUCAUCCUGUCACGUGCCGAGCAGCUUGUUAAACAAGAGACAACAGCUCUGGUAGAGAACAAAAGUCUAACUUACAGUCUACAGAGAAAGUUAAAGUCACAGAAAGACCAACUGGAGAGUAAAGGUCUUCACAUCCAGCUGCUGAGGAAGAAAGUGUCUGAGUUGGAGGAGGAGAAGAGGAGCAGGUCAGCACUGGCUGUGGAACGAGAUGACGCUCAUGUAGAGGUCAAGAGGCUGCAGAAAAAACUGGAGCGACUUCAGAGUGAGCUGAGGGCUAGCAAGCAGUCUAACACUGAGCUCAAUGCCCAGCUGUCCCACACCAAUGAACUCAAGCUGAAAGUGAUGGAGCAGAGUCAGACUGUGCAGGAGCAGAGAAAGAGGCUGGAUCAGCUGGUGGAGGGGAAGACCAAGGUGGAGAAGAAGCUGAACACGGUGAGCUCAGACCUGCAGAGCCAAGAAAAGAAGACCAAAGAGGACCAGCAACAACUUAACCUCCUCAGACAGAGCCUGGCUCAGCUGUCUGAGAGGGAGAGAGAGUUGGUGGAUUUCCGAAUGGUUGUUUCCAAAAUGUUGGGAGUUGACGACACAGACCUGGCUCUUCCAAAUUAUGAAAUUAUCAAACUACUGGAGACCCUUCUUCACUCUCAUCAUCAUCACCACCUUCAUCAUCACGCUAACAUGCCCUGGAACUGUCCAGCUCACCAGAGGUCUCACCUCCCCCAAGUCCAGGACCUUCAUGACAGCUCACCUUUGGAUUUUCCUGCCUCUGUGUCUGCCUUUCCAGGUGAUGUCAAUCCUCUUCAGGAAGCCUAG